UGAGCUCUGGAAGGUUCUUAACUUCACCCUGGAGGACCUUCAAAGUUCUCAUGGUGGCUGGUGGACAAUGGCUUUUUGUGUGGCGCCACAGGUUGUCAAAAGCAAGUCAAGCAAGCUAGGAUAGGCUGCAGGUACUACAUCUCGAGGAUUCGCUUGCACCAGCAUUGCUUCUGGCUGCAUGACAAUCGACGGUGAAGGAGCUGCGUGCUUGCACCAAAACCCAUAUCAUUCUAGUAGCUCGUGAUGUCUUUAAGUUCCUCCUGUCCUGAGCCUUCUUGUACUUGGGAUCUUGCUUGCUUAAACCAAUUAGGUGGCUGGUGAACCUACAAAGCUUCUGGUAGCUUAUCAACCAUGGACUCCCCUGUGGCGUCUCUCCCUUUGAUCGCCCCACAACCUGGCUUCUUUUGUGGGACGGUGCCCGUUCCAACUGCAACGGAGGGCCAGUCGAAGGAGCUGGUCAUAGUGCCUGCAUCAUCAAUGGAAGUCGUCAGCGACAGUUCCGUGAGCUUGCGGUACAGUUUCCUUCCUGCCGAGAUGGACUUGAACGAUUUGCCGGCCAACUGGCUGAAACGGGAGGAGCUGGUGCUACUCGAUCCGCAACUGCUGACGGAUAAAGAGGCGCCAGACAGGGACUCUGAUGAUCUCUGCCGCAGUUGCAGCAAUCGCUCCCUGGCCCAGCCCCUCCCUAAAAAGUGCGAGGAUCUGGUGGUCAAUGGCCUGGCGGCUUAUGGCGACGAGAUCGACUUCAUCGCCCCCGCCAGUGUGAUGAAGCAGAUCUUCAAGACGCCCUACAGCAAAGCGCCAAUCUCCGUGGCAGUUCAUCGGAUUGGCAAGACGCUGAUCCUCAAUGACGGGCCUGACGCCGUGGAAAGCAAGACCAAGCAGAGCAGCCAAACAAUGACUCUGAACAAAGACCUCUUCUACAAGUUCGUGCACCAUUCAGUCGCCUCCGCAGCCCCUUCGUUUAGUUCCAACUCCGAGCCAGGCUCAUCCCAAUCCCCCCAAGAGAACCCUUGCCGUGCUUGGCAGUUUUACUCUGGGGGCAGGGCGCAAAGCGAGCCGUAUGUAGAAACGGUGGACAGCCCGGUCUGCCCGAGCAGCCCCCACAGCACCGGUUUCCAAACUGAGGACGGCGAGGAUGAUGCCACGUGGCAGCAUAACGACAAGCCACGUCCUGCAAAGCGGAGGGGCUUUGGAAGCAGAAAGCGGGGCAAGCCGGGGUGCGCCCUCGGGAAGCGGGGUGUGACGUCACAGUCCGUUGGCGUGACAUCAACUGCGGCGUCGGGCUUGAAGAUCAGCCCGGAGGCUCAGGCUGCGUCAGAAGAGGAGCUGACGUCAUCCGAGGCGGAGGAUGCUGCAGGAAUCCGGGGCCCGAAGGCGAGCGAGCGCGAGCGGUUCCUGCGCGUGCUGUUUUGGAAGUUCCGAGAGCUGCAGAUGCUGCUGGGGAGCGACCUGCUGCUGUUUGGAAACGACCAGCACAAGGCGGUCAGCCUGCAUCUUAUGGAGGUGGAACGCCAGAUGUCCCCGCUGACGUGGCUCGAUGCGUGGCUGGACAACAUGAUGGCCAACGUGCCGGAGCUCGCGGUGUGCUAUCACAAGCAGGGGGUUGUCCAGGGCUACGAACUGCUCAAGACCGACGACCUUUUUCUACUGAAGGGCGUUGGCGCAGACGGCACCAUCCCCUUUCACCCCCAAGUGGUGCACGCGAACGCGGCGGCAGUGUUGCAGUUUCUGAGGAAGAACUGCACCAGCGAGCCGGGGGCCUACUGGCUUGUCAAGAACGCUGGCGAGGACCUGAUGCAGCUCUUCGACCUGUCCACCAUUUCGGACGACGCCGACGUGUCCGACGCGUCCGACGACGAGGCUUCGCCGCUGCCGGACACCGUCCGCAACCCACGUGGCCCCGAGAGCUACAAACAGGCGCUCGCUCUGCUGAUAUACCGGCUCGCAUUACAGCUGGCACGGUCGAAGGCGAGCAGCGAUCAGCGGCGCAGCGGGAGCCUGCUGAUGCAGUGUCUGGAGCUGAUGGAGGAGAAGCACGUGCCGGACCUGGUCGCAGCUGCCCACGAGCGCAUGGCCAGGCUGUGCUUAGAGCAGGCCAUUCCUCCCCCGCCCACCGGUCCACAGCUUUUACUCGAGGCGGCUCCCAGCAAGCAACUCCUGCUCCCGACCGAGUCCGGCGUCGGAAAUGAGUUUUUACCUGCUCUUGGAGAUGGAUCGUCGCCCGGAAUAGAAAGUGAUGAGCAGCCUGCGAAGGUCAGUAGUCCGAGCGACGUAAAGAGCAGCAUGGGUGACGAACGAAAGGACGAGAGAAGAGAGUCCGCGGGGUUGUCUGAGGAAAGCGCCCGAACAACGGAACGAGAAACAACGGAAGUGGAAGCGGAAGCAAAGGACGAAAGAGUAGCGACAAGCGCUUCGCAAGAGGCUGGCGUGACGGGUUCUCAACCUGAGCCGGAUGAAAGCGGAGGAGUGUCUGUCCAGGAUUCUGGUUCGGACCCUGCAACGGUCAGCGGGGUGGAGAACCCACCGGACAAAGCGGGAAGUUUGGGAGCGAGCCAUGAUCUCGGUAGAGAAGGCGAGGAGAGGGUGUCCGCAGACGUCAAUUCAACCGAAGGCUCAACGAGCGGUCCUUCCGAAGCCGAGCGAGAAGAGGACAUCAACCGCCACGUGUCAGCGGUUCACCACUUCUCGCAGGCGAUCAGAGCGCUACGGGAGGAGUUGACGAUGCUCAACUCGAGAAAGUCGGGUAGGCGGCGCCCGAGAAGACACGUCAGCGGGGACGGUUUAGAGUCGGUUACCGAUGGGUUAGGGAGACAGGAGAUUUCCGGUACGCAGGAAGAACGGGGAUGCAAUUGCAAAGGAAGCCGGCACGAGGCGAGGGUUGUACGCACCGAAGCCAAGAUGCAAAAGCUUAUGGGCUGCCUGGCCGAGUCGUAUCUGGAGUUGGGGAGGGCGUAUGAAGGGGAUGCACAGCUGGCACGUGCCCUGAAAGCGGCGGAGAUUGCGUCGGUGGUCGGAAGGUUUGUGGAUAGAAACGAGGGGCGGCGGCAGAUUGCCGGGAAAGAAGUGCCCAGGCGGCUGGAAAGCUAUGUUCGGGAGUCGGAAGGAAACACCGACGCGAAGGUCGACAAUUCGAGGGAAGGGAGUGGUGCCACUCAGAAGGACGAGAGAAGCAGAGGGAUGAUGCAAUUGCGGAAGGACGGAGGUGAUUUGUUGGAAAGGAAUACCGAACCAGGAAGAAGGUCGCGACGGAAAGCGUCAGGGGAAGGGACAACGGCUAGCGCGGAUCGGCGCAGUCUAAGUAGAGGAUUCAAAGGCACGAAAGUCGAGUUCUGGGGUGCUCUCUGGGCCUUCGUGGGCGAUCUGUACGCAAAACUGCAGCGCAGUGGGGGGGAGGAGGCGCUCUUAACGCAACAGGCGGCACUCCUGAGCGGAGCCCCCCGUUUGGAGGAAGCCGUCACGUACGAAGUCGAGCGGCUGCGGCAGGGUUUGAGGGUUUCGGAAGCGGGCACCCCAGAUGGCAGUUCCGGCGGAACGGCCGGAACGAGCGGAAGUAAGAGCGAACGGAAGACGGUGAGAGGGGGGAGGGCGGCCGCGAGCGACGCGGAUCUGCUGUGCUUUGGACGGCCGCUGACCCUCGAUUAUGACGUCAAUCUGACGGCGGCACUGGAAAGUUACUCGAAGGCGAUUGCGGCGAUGGAGUCGGAAGACGGAGCAACGGGCGGGGCAAAAUGGGAGCUUGCACACAGGCGGAUGGGAUGGACGUGUAACGAGCUCGGGCGGAGGCGGCUGGAGGAAGGGGACAUCUCGACGGCAGAGGGCCUGUUCACACAGGCGCUGGGCAGCUUCGGUGCAGUGAAGGACACAGCGAACGCGGUGCUGGUUCACUGCAACAUGGGGCACGCGCGGCGGGGCCAGGCGGAGGCAAUGGUGGCAGAGGGGGCGGCACUAGAGCAGACCCUCGCAGGCGAGCGGCUCAAGCAGGUCCGCACGGCCCACACCGUUCGGUGCUACCGGCAGGCCCUGUCCCACUACAUCGCCGCCCGCGCCGAGCUGCUUUCUCUAGGCGAUACCGAGGCACAGCGCAGCUUACGGGGCCUUUGGACCGAAGCGCACACGCAGCUGGGCCACACGUACCUGCGCUUCGGCAUGUUCCUCGCGUCGCUCCCCGCCGACGUCAGCAAGGCUGAUGACGUCAGCAAGGAGGCGCCGAGCGAGCUGCUGACGAAGGCGCUGCACCUGUACGAGUCGCUGGGGCCGGGGCGGGGGCAGGAGGCGGCGUAUUCACACUGCCAGCUGGCGGCGCACUUCCGAGACCGGUGCGUCGGAGAAUUUCCGGCGGAUACCGGAUCUGGGAGCCGGAAACGGAACGAGGACGCACGGGGGAAGCGGUUUGCGGCGCUCGCGGAACGGCACUGGCAGAAGGCGCUCGAGUAUUACAGGGCGGAGUCACACCCGGACAUGUACAUACAAAUUUGUAUCCAGAGAUCGAGGCUGGCGCUGAAGUGUGCGGGCAAGGCGCGACCAAGCAACGCGAUGGAAGCAGGGCUGUCCCACCUGGCCCGUGUGCCCCAAGUCUUCGAGCCCCGAGCGAGCGCGCCGGGCUCCAAUGACAAAUCGGUUAACCAGGCACAUCCCAACCCCUCCCCUCAAAUAUUGGCGGACCUGAAAGGGCACCUUGAGUGGGUGGCACGAGAGCUGUUACAAGCGUACGUGUCAUUUCUCAAGCACAAGAGCUGCCCCGAUGCCGAUGCCGAUGUAGCUAACGAGAAGCUGACGAAGCUCAAGAGAGUGUACAGGGAUCUGUUAAACGCGGAUAGUAGUCAGGCCGUUGUCGAGGUUUUGACGAGCAUGCUAAAUGGUUGAAAGUUUUGAUCAACUUCAUAGACAAUUUGAAGCUUCUGUAAAGAAUGUUGGUGACAAAGUUGAAAAGCUGCAGUCAGGACAACGUUGACAAUAACGAGCCAAAGACAGGACUAAAGCACUCGUUAAGUUAGAAUGGAUAAUCUGGCGAAAGCCGUCAGCCUUGUGAGUCAAGAGAGUCGACUGUUCGUGCCCAGAAGUAGACUCGGGGCCGGCUGUAAAUCUGCAUCUGCCGGAGUCAAACAGCAAUUGCGCCGUAUCAUUGUUUCUGAGCUUUUCAAAGGCCCG